UUAUUGUUCGAUUGGAAGAGUUGGGGGGAGGACAGUACUUUUGUGUUCAUUUUUUGGGGGGGGGAUGUAAGCUACCAUUAACAAGACACUUUAACAGAGAUAUUCGCAACAUACGUUGCCAGAUCUGGGGGUUAAUCGUCUGUGUUAUUGGUACGCUUUACAAGUCAGCAGGUCCUAAGAAGCUGAUGGAUGCGCGGGUUUCUGACUUGUUCAGCUCAGGAAAUGGACACGGCUCUAACAACAAGCCGGGAAAUGGCUCUGGCUCCGGCUCCGGGGCUGCCUCCAAGAAGUCUGGUGGAAAGAACAAGAAAGCAAAGACUCGUUUCUCUCGCAACUUGAGACCGAGCAAGAACACCCCAUAUCUACCUCCGGAGGCCGAGGAGGGAAAUAUAGAGUAUAAGCUAAAGCUGGUGAACCCGACACAGUACCGCUUUGAGCACCUCGCAACGCAAAUGAAAUGGAGACUGCAGGAGGGUCGAGGCGAAGCCGUCUAUCAAAUCGGUGUGGAGGAUAAUGGCAUGCUGGUGGGUCUGUCUGAGGAGGAAUUGAGGGCAUCACUAAAGACACUCCACAGACUGGCUGAAAAAGUUGGCGCUGACGUUACAGUUCUCAGAGAGCGGGAGGUGGAUUAUGACUCUGAUGUGACUCGUAAAAUUGCUGAAGUUCUCAUUCGGAAGGUUCCAGAUGACCAACAGUUCUUAGACCUACGAGUGGCGGUGCUAGGUAAUGUGGACUCGGGCAAGUCCACUCUGCUGGGUGUUUUGACACAGGGUGAGCUGGACAAUGGACGGGGAAGAGCGAGACUCAACCUAUUCAGACAUCUGCAUGAGAUCCAGACUGGACGCACUUCAAGCAUCAGCUUUGAGAUUCUUGGGUUCAACAGUAAAGGAGAGGUUGUGAAUUACAGCGAGUCUCGAACGGCUGAGGAGAUUUGUGAGAGUGCCUCCAAAAUGAUCACAUUUAUUGACCUGGCAGGUCACCACAAGUACCUAAAAACCACCAUUUUUGGCCUCACCAGCUACUGUCCAGAUUUUGCGAUGCUGGUCGUCAGUGCAAACACAGGCAUUGUUGGUACGACUCGGGAGCAUCUGGGGCUUGCUAUGGCCCUGAAGGUGCCCAUCUUCAUUGUUGUCAGUAAAGUGGACCUCUGCACACAGGCCACUGUGGAGCGCACAGUGAGGCAGUUGGAGCGAGUCUUGAAACAGCCGGGCUGCAACAAGGUGCCCUUGGUCAUAAGCAGUACAGAUGAUGCCGUCACAGCAGCACAGCAGUUUGCCAUGACUCCUAGUAUAACGCCGAUCUUCACCUUGUCCAGUGUGAGUGGUGAGAGCUUGGACCUGCUCAAGGUCUUCUUCAACAUUAUCCCUCCUCUCAGCAACAGCAAGGAGCAGGAAGAGCUAAUGCAGCAGCUAACAGAGUUUCAGGUGGAUGAAAUCUACACAGUUCCAGAGGUGGGAACAGUGGUGGGAGGUACUUUGUACAGCGGCAUUUGCCGUGAGGGGGAUCAUCUUGUUGUGGGCCCCACAGAGUCGGGGCAGUUUCACAAGCUGACUGUUGGCAGCAUCCAAAGGAAUCGCUCAGCGUGCAGGGUACUCAGGGCUGGUCAAGCUGCUACGCUCGCCCUGGGCAACUUCGAUCGGUCGCUACUACGCAAGGGCAUGGUGAUGGUGAGUCCAGAGAUGGACCCUACCAUCUGCUGGAUGUUUGAAGCUGAGAUUGUGCUACUCUUCCAUGCCAAGACCUUUCAUAAGGGAUUUCAGGUUACUGUGCACAUUGGCAAUGUGAGACAGACGGCCACUGUGGAAGCUGUGCACGGCAAGGAGGAGCUAAGGACCGGGGAGAAAGGGGUGGUUCUCUUCAAGUUCAUUAAGCACCCGGAAUAUCUGAAAGUGGGGGCUAAGGUUCUCUUCAGGGAGGGGGCAACCAAAGGUAUUGGUCACGUCACCAAGCUGCAGCCCAUUGCCCAGUACUGACCUGCCCGCUUGGAAGAUAAGGAAGCCUAAAACAGCAUCCCACCUCUAAAAAGAAGGUGCUUUAUAAAUCACUUUCUACUUUCUCCAAAGGUCCAUCUGAACUUUCUUGCACAGCACAUCCUUUCUACGGGAUCUUGUUUCGUGUCGUUCCAAAGAUUUGUUACUCUCAGUACUUUCUGUUCUUCAGCCUUCUUCUAAACGCAAAAAAAGGUGAUAUUUUAACCUGCCUUCUGCUUUCUGUUGGAGUAUUAAAAGUACUGCCUUUCUUGGCAUUUAUAAAAGGAAACCCCUCCACCACCAGUAUGACUCACUGCCAGCUGCCAAAGUGAUUUUUGAGCAUAUACAUAGUUGCAAUUGCACAGAUCAACAAGCGGUAAACAGGAGGAAAUGUUCACAUCUGUGUUAAAGUGCUACUUGCUAAGUUUACACCUAUUUGCACUCAUAGCACACACUUCAGAGCUGUUGCUCUGCACACAUUUGCACUGAACUACACAUGCCAGUGUUGAUAUGUCUGUGUCAGCUUGAUUUGAAAAGUAUGAGUUAGUAAUAUGGUGUAAUUGAUACCGUCUAUGUGACUAUAGGGCAAUGUUACUGGUGGCCUGCAGCUACUCUGUUACCUGUCUGGAUAGUGCCUGGACAAACUUCUGAUCUUGCGUUUUGAAUUUCUCCAAGUAACUGAUGAUAAAUGAUCUGAGCGGACAGCAACAGUGAGAUCCAUUUGUAAGCAUCAGGCACAUCUUGCCAGUUGGAUAGAAGCUAAAACAUUUAGCUUCAUGCUGUGCUGCUGUGAAGUUCACUCUUAGAACACGAACGGGAGCAGUGUUACGUCUACAAAGUUAGAUCUUGAACUUGAAUUUCAGCCUGCAGUACAUCACAUCAGCAGUCACCAUUUUUUCUGUCGUAUUUUUCUGUGUCAAUGAUUGUUUAUUCACAUAUAAUGCCUCAGGAUAGCGCAGGGAGAUUGCAACAAUCUUUGCCGACUAUCUUCAAAGUGCUUUAAUUUCUCAGGUCAGUGUAGAUAUGGUAGUAGACAGCAUUCCACGUUCACAGAACCACUCUAGUUGAGGUUUCUGUUGUUGAGUCGGGCACUAGAAAGAUUCUCGUUUCUUCCAAACAUAUUUUGGAUUUUGUAAUGGCGUGUAACGCUGUCCACUAAUGCAGCUUUGUUUAAAAUCAAUGAUAUUGGGAGUACUCAAUGUCAGCUCUGAAGUUACUGAUGUCACAAACUUUGAUGGGGUCGAACACAGUGCCUGGUGGAACCACCAACUGAGCAGCCUUCCAUUACUGCCCAAAGUUUUACAACUUCGGAAAAAAGAAAAGAAAAAUACUUACGUUGGUGCUACUUCUAUAAACAGGUUUUGAUAUUUAAACAACUUUAAAAAUGAAUGUUAAUUAAUACUCUGGUCAAGGUUCACCAUCUGUCUUAUUAUUGUAUGUUGACAUGAUUGGUAGACAAAUUAUUGUUCCACAGAAUUCAGUCAUACAAAUGACAACUUUUAAUCUGUUCUCUUUUUUACCACCUGUAUCAUUCAAACACAGGAAAUGUUAAUAAUGCACUUCAACUGCAUUUUAUAGCUUUCAUAAAAAAGUUUGGGUGUUUGUUUUAAUGUUUCGUAUUUGUAUUUUAUAGAUUUCUAGACAUUUUAGAUUUUACACAUGCAAAUUCACAUUUUUUACUGUUGUGGUUUUCAGCUCUGGCUCAUCUUCUCUUCUGAAUCAAGUUUAAGGCCUGUUUUCCUUUUAGCACAGUGUAAUGUUUUGAUCAUUCUUUGGGUGAAAUGCAAUAUUUAUGUACAGAUACAAUUUAUCAUGAUGUACAUAAUAAAAAGUUCCUAAAC